GCUUCACUUUACGAUCCUCACACGGCGAUUCAGCCAUCUCAUCGUAGCGGCAAACUGCGCAUUAUGGCGCCGAUGAAUGGGUUUGGUUCACGCUCUGUCUGGCAGGAAGCCAAAACGGCAGAUGGGAAAAUCUAUUUCUACAAUACGGUAACGCAAGAGACGACAUGGAGCAAACCUGUGGAGCUCAUGACCGAGAAUGAGGCAUAUGAGGCCGCUGAUGGCAGGACAUACUGGCACAAUGAGCAAACGAACGAGACGACAUGGGAUAUGCCACAGGCCGUCGCCGACAACUUGAAGAAAAACCGUGCUCAAGCGCCCCAUGCACCUCACACUCCUGCUGCUCCGUAUGACUUGGUCCGGUUCCCAUCGAGUACCUGGGCUGCGGGGCCUUCUUCUUACCUGCCUCCGAAACCCGCUGAUCGGGACGAAUACCAGCCAUGGGAACGUCGUGACCGUGAUCGUGACACAGGCUAUGGGGCUGCAGACCGUGGAUUGGCAUCGUUUGUGACAGCAAGCGAGAAUCAGUAUGCCAGCCGUGAAGAAGCCGAAGCAGCAUUCACGAAGCUUCUCAAAAAGAUUGGGGUCCAAUCGGACUGGACGUGGAAGCAAACCGUCCGUGCUGGUGUCAAGGAUCCGAGCUGGAGGGCUAUACCCGACCCGAAAGACCGUGAGGAGACCUUCAAAAAGUAUUGUGAGGAGCUCCGCGCCCAGGACAAGGCGAGGGAGGAAGAGCGCCAGGCCAAACUGCGAUCCGACUUCAUGCAGAUGCUGAAGAACCACGAUGAGAUCCAUCACUACACCCGUUGGAAGUCCGCUUUGCCGACAAUUGAAGGCGAAGCCGUCUUUCGUUCCGCCAAGGACGAUACGGAGCGGCGCGCUUUGUUUGAUGAGUACAUCAUUUCGCUGAAGAGAGCACAUGCUGAGGAAGAAGCCGAAGCCAAAAGGUCAGCCUUGGACCAGCUGUCUGGCUUGCUGCAUCGAUUGAAUCUGGAGGCAUUCACACGUUGGCAUACUGCUGAAGGUAUAUUGGAGGCAAAUGAGGAGUUCAAAAGCGACAAGUUCAAGCCCCUGCACAAACUGGACGUGCUCACGGCUUUCGAGAAACAUAUUAGGCAAUUGCAGCGCGACUUGAAUGAUCGAGUGCAAAGCGAGAGGCGUGCCAGGCUUCGUACGGAGCGUAAGAACCGGGAUGCGUUCAAAGACCUCUUGAAGGAGUUACGCGCGAAGGGAAGUCUGAGAGCGGUUUCCAAAUGGAAGGAAAUCCGCCCGCUAAUCCAUGAGGACCCUCGUUACAAAGCAAUGUUGGGCCAGGGUGGUUCCACACCGCUUGAAUUGUUCUGGGAUGCCCUCGAAGAAGAGGAGGAGAAGUUCCGCGUCCACCGCCGGGCAGUAUUGGACGUUCAACGUUUCGAAGUUACACCUGAGACCCCUUUCGAAGAGUUCCGCGAUAUAAUGCGGACUGAUCCGCGCACAGCUAACUUUGACGAGCAGCUGAUGAAAGACACUUUCGUCUACGUUAUCAACCGCGUCAAGCGACGGCAAGAAGAAGCCCGUCAAACGUCGGCCGAGAAUGAGCGUUUGGCGAUGGAUGACCUGCGUUCAGUCUUGAAACAUCUUGAUCCACCCGUACUCGUCACGGACACCUGGGACUUGGUCCGGCCGCGCGUCAAAGACACGAAGGAAUUCAAAGAGAUUAAGUCGGAGUCCGCUCGCGAACAGGCCUUCGACAAGUUUAUGAGGCGUCUUAAGGAGAAAGAAAAGGAGAGGGAGCGGGAACGAAGCAGGCGUGAUGCCCGCGACCGCGACAGGCGCGAGCGAGAUCGUGAGUAUCGCAACGGCACCGACUCCCAUCGGCGUCAUCGUACGCGUACACGCUCACCAGAACAUGACCCGUAUGCUGCGGAGCGCCGCCAGGCUCAGCAGGACAGAGAAGCUCGGUAUAGGAACACCGAUAGGACGGGCCUGUCACCACCCUACCGUAGACGAGAAGACGAUCGAUAUGACGGUUCUCGCCGAGGCAGCGGGGACCACUAUGGACGCGAGCGUCGUGAACGCGAAGCCGAGCGCGAGCGCACGUAUGUCAGUAGGGCUGAUCCCCGUGAGCGCAGCAGCGAACUCGACUAUGGUGACAAUCACGGCGACAGUCGUCCUGUCUCUGUGAGGCGCCGACGAGAGAGCGAUGAGAGUGCCAGCAGACGCGAGAGCAAGCGCGCUCGUUACACGCCCAACCGCGACCGCAGCUCCAGGACGCCAGCACAGGUUGAGCCGCCAAAGGAGGAUGCGGGCCUUCGCUCCGGUAGCGAAGAGGGUGAAAUCGAGGAGGACUAGGUGUCCCGCAGCAAAGGGGAACUCUAGACGCAUGGGAAAUCGGAGUGGGGAGAGCGCUCGGCGAACCAAGAUCAAAAUGACUCGAGGAGCUCGUGAUCUCCUCCAUGCUGAGGACGGAACCUGUACGAAUCCCCCACACGACUUUUUCGGCCUUUACUUUGCAACUUGCUUUUAGCAGACAGCCCCCUUCGGAAGAACGACAGCUUCAGCACAAUGACGAGCAUACGAAUGGGUGCCAUUGAGACGUCGGAUACUUUGAUGGCUGGGUUGCAAAGUAAGUUCCUCAAUGUGUUUUUGUUUUUGCAGCUGGCUUGCCACCAGCUGCAUUUGCCUUGUGUUCUUCAAUGUCUCGGGGGGAGUGGAGCUUGGGGGUGCCAUGACUGGAUGGGUCGCAUGGAUCCGUGACGGUCUAUACUCUGGGAGGUCUCAAGCUCUCGAUCCUGGUGGCUCCACAUAGGAAAGAAAUCAAUUUGGUAAUCAUUC